AUGCCGUCGGUGGCCCAAGAAGCACCAACUGUACAGUCGUCGAAGAAACGGAGGCGAGAAGACGCCGACCGCGAUAACCAUGACAACAGCAGCAGCAACAACAACAUCGCCUCUGAACAUGGCGGCGCCAUUCUUGCUCAACACUCGCCUUUUGUGCGAAAGAUAAUACCAAUCCCCUCCUCUAAGAAACAGCGCACGAUCAGCGAUAGAGAAGAGGAAGCAGCGAGGUCAACAUCUACCCCAUCACCCGCGGAUGAGAGACACGACCCGAGGAAGCCGUCGCCUCCAACAGCAGCAGGAACUGCAUCGACUUUGCAGGAGGACCUUCCGGACGAGACCACUCGGUCAGAGGCAACUGUUUUGAGCCGUACCAGCUCCACGAACCUGAUGGGCCGCUGCCACAUCUGUUUCCGGAAACCUAGCAAGAAACUGGACCUCGACUCGUUUGCUGACUGCCAAGGCUGCGGUCAACGGACGUGCUAUGUGUGUAUUCGGGAGUGCUCGGGAUGGAGCCCACCACAUCCCUUAGCGGAAGGUAUGCUGGGGGGGGAGACCAUAUCGGAAACCCCUACGGAAUCGUUUAUGAUGCCGGACGCCGACUUCGAAUGUGCAGUAGACAUGGGGAGGGGCAAUAGCGGCAGAGAAGUGCACCACGGCCACCACCGCCCUUAUAUAUCACAGGAGCUCUCGUCAGACAACUCAACACCUCGUAGGCAACAAGAGCCAGAGGGUUGGUGGGGCGGCCAUCGCCAGAUGGUCUGCAGCCGAUGCUGUGUAGAGAGAGGAGAGGACGGGGAUGUUGUUUGCCUGGGAUGUCUGCCAUUUAUUGAAGGUUGA